AUGGAUUUGAGGAAGAUACAGAUUGACAUGGUUCACGGCCAUGACUUUGAUGCGCAUCGAUUGGCGGGCGCUUGGGCCACUGCAGCUGCUCUAUUUGGCCCUGCAAAGGGCCCUGUGGAGCUGUCAAACGACCGCGCUGACAAAGGCUCCGCCGUUCCGCAGCAAAAGGAUGGACCCGACCUUGCUUUUUCGUUCAAGGACACGCCGGAAUUCUCCAGCCUCGGGUCGCCGAUUGCCGUCCUGAACCUCUUUUCUCCUCCUCCACCUCCGCACAACCCGAAGCAGCUUCGCAUGUCGGGGCAGAAUCCUUAUUCGCAAGGCCCUAACCAGGAGUCUGGCUACGGCGGCGGCGGCUAUGGUCAGCUGAACCCAUAUGCCACCAACACCAGCGACAACGCUUCGCCGUACAACACCGGCAACAACUAUGAGCUGCAGGACUACAACAACCAGGGCGCCGCCGGCAAUGGCUACUCCCAGGAGCAGGGCUCCCGGCCUUCCGUCCUGUCGCAGCAAGACUUCCUCAGCCGCGUGCAGAGCCUGCGCAACGACAUCAAGGCCCUGACUGGCGACAUUGACUUCAUUGGACAGCUGCACCAGCGCACGCUCAGCGCUACUGACCAGGAUGCGAACGAGCAGCUGGAGCACUACGUUACGCAGACGCAAGUCCGCAACACCGCCAUCAAGGACGGCAUCAAGGGCCUCGAGCGCGACCUGCUCAAGACAACAGACGCCUCUCGCACCACCAAGCAGACCCAGCUCGAGUCGCUCAAGACCUUUUUCAAGUCCGAGCUCGACAAGUACCAGAGCAUUGAGCGCGAUUACCAGGCGCGCUACCGGGAGCAGAUUGCGAGACAGUACCGCAUCGUGAACCCGGGAGCGUCGGACGACGAGGUGCGACAGGCCACAGAGGUUGACUGGAGCAAUGAGGGUGUUUUCCAGACAGCUCUUCGCUCCAACAAAGCUGGCCACGCUUCCUCCGUGCUUGGCAAUGUGCGUGCUCGCCACAAUGAGCUCCAGCGCAUCGAGCAGACCCUCUCCGAGCUCGCCCUCCUCUUCCAGGAACUUGCUGCCAUGGUCGAGCAGCAGGAGAACGUGGUUGUUGCCGCCGAGGUGAACGCCGAGAACACAGUCCAGAACAUCGAGAAGGGCAACGAGCAAGUCAGCCAGGGUAUCGAGCAUGCCCGCCGCACCCGCCGCCUCAAAUGGUGGUGCGCCUUCAUCGUCUUCCUCAUCGUCCUCGCCAUCGCUCUCGGUGUUGGUCUCGGUGUGGCUUUGACCAAGAAAAAUUAA